AUCGUCAAAGGAUGUUUUCCGCGAGCGGCGAUGGUCAUCACAGCCCGUUUCUUCCCACAGAAGAAGCCCUGGCGAUUGCCGAAUCUUCUCAAAAUCAAGAAGCGGGUGGCCGCCCCUCACCCUUCACUCACUUCCCUUCGGUGCCUAACCACAUCGAUGGCGUGUUAUCCUCUCUCCAUCACUACUUCUCGCAUCAACAUGUUGCACCACACGAUGCGGAUUUCACGAGUUUCGCGGCUUCCGAUCAGACGACGCCUCCGAAAUCUCGCGUCGAUGCAAAUGGGGUCAGGGUUGCUGAUCCCGCGAAGAACAAGAAAGCGUUGCCUCGGAAGAGGAACACCGGCAAGAAGGACCGGCACAGCAAGAUCCGGACGGUGCAAGGGCUGCGAGACCGGAGGAUAAGGUUGUCGGUGCAGGUGUCGAGGAAGUUCUUUGGUCUGCAGGACAUGUUGGGGUUCGAUAAGGCGAGCAAGACCAUCGAGUGGCUCCUCUCCAAGUCCAGGAACUCCAUCAAGGAGGUAGUGGGUCGAAACAUCACCAAGCAGAAAGAUUGCGGCGGUGAUGUAAAGGCGGCUCAAGCUGAAGCUGAAGCAGAACACGAACAAGAACAAGAUGUUAGCAAUAGGAAAGAGAAAAUAAAAUCUUGCGAUGCUAGGGAAAGGGAAAACGCGAGGGAGAGAGCAAGAGAGAAAAACCCAAAUGCUUCGGUGUUCUCCGGUGCUGAUGGUUUAUGUGCCCACCAGCAACCGAUCAACAACGACGACUCGGCACAAGAAUAUGGGCAAUUCGCGUCAGAGAUGGACGAUUCAUUGAGCAUGAUCGACAAGCUCUUGUGUGAUGCCGCAGCAGCGACAAGCAGUGCCGGGAUGGCGAACUACUAUCCUGAAACGAGCGGUCUGAGUCCUGCGAUGAGAAGCACGGAUCUCCUGGCAGGUAUCAUUCAAGAGUUUGACAGUAACUCCUUUCUUUGGCCAAGAACAGAACCCUAGAUCACAAAACACUAUUUCACGAGUUCUAUAAAAAUCACUGAAAAUGAAAAGAAGAUCGAAAGGCCAAACUGGAGCACCUCUUCUGAUCCUCCCUGCGAUCAGACGAUUCUUCUUAUGUCGCCAUCUCAAACCACACUAGGUGAUGUCUUAGAGGUGGGUUGUUUUGUGUAAUUUCCAUUUUGGGAGCAAAAAACAUUUUCUGGAGUGCUAUGGUUUGUGCAUCGUAUUUCUGCAAAUCCCUUUGGUUAUCCUUUCUAUAGUUUUCUAAUCCCUAGGCACAGGUGGAUAUCAUGCCUGGAAUGGUUUCUCAUGUCAAAGCAAUUCAAUGUGAGAGCUGAAUGAUGAGUUUUGUUUAGAAGCAGUUGUUUUUAAUAUCUUCAUAGCACUCUUUUUCUUAGCAGAAAAAAUUGCAGCUCAAGUACAAAACA